GCGUCUCACACGGAUUGGUCGGCCACACCGCGCAGACUCCCUGACAAAAUCUUGUGCAUAUUGAAACAUUUGUGCCAAAGACAGGAGUCAUACCGCCUCCCUGAACUAAAACGAGUGACAACUUGGAUAAAAGCUGUUGUCACAGGUUAGUUCCCUCUCGUAAACAAUUGGGAUAUUCAUACUUAUGUGGAAAAAGGUUGGGAAGUUUUGAGAAGAGAUUUCUCCCAAGGAUUUACACAAUGGGUAUGGGGCAGUUAGGAGGCUACAGAUGCCUUCUAACUUUAUUCCUAGGAGUAAUUUUCCUAGAAUGCACGUGUUCUCAAAGAGUGCUUCCCGACUGGCCGAAGAUCGGCGACAGAAUCACACAACCAUUUUUGGACCAGCUGAUGGUCAGUCAGUUGCUUGAACAAAACCUCACCCUCGGCUUCUUCCUGAAGGGUCUCAAUGGCCCUCCUGGUCCUCCUGGUGCGCCUGGUCCCCCGGGAGAACCUGGACAAGUUGGUAUGGCCGGUCCCCCUGGACCUCCUGGCCAUGUAGGAGAGGAUGGUGCUCCCGGAGCUCCUGGUGCUCCAGGUCCCCCAGGUUCUCCUGGUGCUCCUGGUCUUCCUGGAGAGAAGGGAGACCCUGGUCUUCAGGGAGCUCCUGGUGCUGCCGGUCUUCCUGGAGCACCUGGUCUGCCUGGUCCUCAGGGUCCUAUGGGUCCCCCUGGUCCAGAGCCUAUCAUGCCGAACUUUACCGUUAUCUGCGAGGGAGAGAAGGGCUGGCUGCAGUGUAAGCAGUACGAGCUCAUCAAGGUUACAAAAGCCUUCUGGGGGCGUGACGAUCACGUGACCUGUCCCAAGGUGCCCGCCGGCCUAAAUCUUGAAAGAGUCUGCGAAACUAACCCCGGCAACACGAUGCAGAAGGUCAAAGGACAGUGCCAGAACGAACAAGCCUGCGAGGUGGUGGCCUCUAAUAUUUUCUUCGACGACAAUAGCUGCGGCAAUGCGUAUAAGUAUCUCAAGAUUUGGUAUGAGUGUAUCCCUGAUGAAGCGAACGCGGUGGAUGUGCUGAAAGAGGGAGGCAAGCGAAGACGACGAAAGAGAAAGAGAGCAGCCAAGGAGAAGCGAUCCGCCUCUUCAGAAUAGCAAUAACACACAACAAAAUAACAACAAAAGACUUCAAUUCACUUUGAUGAGUGGUAGUUCAUACUAACAUGUGACCCAUGCUCAAUUUGAGCGUGCCAUUUUGAAAUUCCAUCAUUAGCAGUCUAGCUUACAUGUUAAGCAGAGUUAAACUAAGUGUAAAUUAAUCACAAUAUUCGUGGUAGAAACUACACUUGUCAAUAUGUAUGUAUAUUGCACUGACUUCAUUUGAUACGAGUGUCAUUAAUAUGAUCGAAUACUUGAGUAUUUAACUAUAUUAGUCCCGUCCCUAAUAGCGAGGGAUUCUAUAUAGGUGUGUUUACAAAUGAUAGAGAAAGAGCUUUGGAUUCUUAGAUCGCUAUGUAACAUUUCUUUAACACUCUGUAAAAUACUUGGGAAGAAUAAAACAAUUGUGAAUAGAAAUUCUUGCCAAUGUAUUUCGGAUUGUCGGUGACGUAAUGCUGAAAUAAAAAGCUAUAUUUAAUUAAA